AUGAUCACGGUCGUAACAGCUAGGUUUCUCAGCCUUCACCUUCAUUCCAACCAAAGGAACGCGGCUGAGGGCGAGGCUUGGUGUUAUUGCACUUUACCGUUUGUACUGUUUUGCGCCUUUCUGCACCUAGAGUGUCUGAUGCGCGCAUCUCAGGUCAACCGCGCCUGGAACCGCGCCACUCACCAUCCCCGUCUCUUUCAACGUCUCUGCUGUAGUCCCGAGUGGUCGUUGCCCAAUCUGGAUGCACAUUUUCCGCCUCCUUUGGAGUGUCGCAAUGCCAACUUCUUCUUUCCUAACCUACCCUCCCCUUCCGACACCACCACCAUGUCCAAUGUCACGGCUGAUGUCGCCACCGCGGCUGUUGUCAGCACCACCAGCAGCAGCAGCAGCGGCAGCGACAGCGGCAACAGCAUCGGUAGCAAGAACAAUAACAUCGGCACUGUGUCCUCCGAUGGAGUGGAUUGGUUUCAAAAGUUCAAGUGGCGUUACCAAGUUCGCAAAAACUGGGCUCGAGGGAAGCAUCGGAUUCGACGAUUUGUCGGACACACUGGCGGCAAGUGGCGUCAUCACUCCCUAUUGCCUAUUUCAAUCCUCAUUCGAUGUUGUGCUUUGGUGAUUGACUUACUUAUUAAGGCGUGUUAG